UAUAGAAACUUUAUAGAAGUACAUUUUAUAGUAGAAAAGAUCUUCUGGUAAUACUAAAAUCACCCUAUUUUAUAGAUAAGAAAAGAGAACCUCUGAGAGGUUAUUAUCUAUGAUCAUAGAUUAUCUGUGUCAGAAUUUGAUGUUUCUUGGCGAUAUCUUCACUUGAAGUCUGGGGCUCUUUCCAAUUAAUUCUGUUUAGGAAGUUCAUGCUUUAUUCUAACAGAGAACCAUUGAUUUUGGGUUUUUUUGGACAUGACUAAAACUAGAAUCUGUUUUACAUGAAUGUACAUAUUUGUAAUGAGUUUUGUUUUUCUUAUCUUCUUGAAGUGGGGAAGAAUUCAGAACUGAAAAUUAAAUUUAAUAAAAGAAAAUAAAGUUCCUGGAUUUUCGUUUUUGGCAUAGUUCAUCCUUUGUUUUCCCUUUUUGAAGAGAUCCACUGACAUACUGAUGUUGGGGUAAAAUAGUGGAUGAUGGCUGAUGUCUUGAUACUUGCAAGUUCCUAGAUACUACAGACACAAAGAGUGAAGUGUUUUGGUUGAACAAAGAUGUGUUUUCUAGCCUUUUCUCACAAUGCCCUUUUCUACUCUUUUCUUUCUUAUCAAUAUCACUCUACUUCAGGUCCUUAUUACUUCUCACCUGGAAUAAUAUAAGAGCUUAACUGUUUUCCCUGUCUCUGGUCUCUUUCCUUUCCAAAUCACCCUUUACAUACUUCCAGUUUCAAUUUCAUGCACUGUUCUGAUCAUUCUGCCUUAGAGUGGGGACUCUAUCUCUGGGGAUCUUGAAGGGGAGGCUGCGUAAAUCUUGCUCAGUGAUGCUGCAGACUAUAUUCUUGCUAAGGCAAAGCUUUGAUCAGAACUAUAUAUCUUUGAAUUCCAUUCCAAUUCUGAGAUUCCAUGAGCUUAUCUAAUGAAAUGAUGAGGCAUUAUGUUCUAGGGAUGAUCUAUAUAAAUGCACAAAGGAGAGACAGUUGGUGGCUCAGUGGAUGGAAAGUCAGGCCUACAGACAGGAAGUCCUUGGGUCAAAUCUGGCCUCAGAAACUUCCUAGCUGUGUGACCCUAGGCAAGUCACUUAACCCUCAUUGCUUAACCCUUACCACUCUUCUGCCUUGGAAACAAUACUUGGUAUCUAUUCUAAAAUAGAAGAAAAGGGUUUUGUUUUGUUUUGUUUUUUAAUAGCAGAGGUCAGAGAACAAAGAAUCAGUUUCUUACUCUGGCAAUAAAUGGAAAGUGUAGAUUGGAGAGGGAAAGCAAGCACUUCACACAGAAUGUUAUUGUAAUGGCUAAGUCAAGAGGCAAUGAAGGGCCUGAACUUGGGAAGGUGGCAGUGGGAAUGGAGCAAAAAAAAGCAAAUGGAAGGGAAAAUGUGUAGGAAAUAUUAACAAGAUUUGGUAUUAGAGCUGGAAGAUAGUGGAGAGGGGUCAAAAAUGAUUAAGAUUAUACAAAUAGGUGAAGGAGAAUCACAAAAGGAAAGGUUAUAUAGAUAGGCUUAAAACAAUUAAAUUUAACAAGCAUUUAAAAAAUAUAUCCCAGAUCCUAGGAUAGGUUCUUGAAAUACAAAGAAUGAAACAAUCCUUCUUCACAGGUAAUUUAUAUUCUCUUUAGGCCCAGGGGAUAAUAUGCAGAAAAAUACAAAAGAAAUACAAAGUAAGUUUUUUUUGUUGUUGUUUUUUGUUUUUUGUGGAGGAAGAAAGUACUAAAACCUGAGAGAUCAGUAGUCUUGUAAGGAGUUAGGGAUUCCAUGAAGUAGAGGUGAGGCAAGAGAACAUUCCAGAUAUAGGGAACAGUAUGUGCAAAGGUAAGAGAUUGAAUGUCAUGUAUGGAAGAGUAAGUAUAAUAAAUCUGAAGAGACUUGACCUAGAGUUAUAAUUUUCUCCGCUACCUGCAUUAUUGAAGAUUACAAUUCCUGUACAUCUUGGUGAGCUGCCAUUUGAGUUGCUAUUCCUGAAAGUUUCAUCAAUCUUCAGCCAACAUUUUAUUGGUAAACCUUUCUGAUCUUUGGUAGACUGGAUCUCGGAAUACAGAUGUACAGCUUUUCCAGAAGCCCAUAUAUCAAGUCUUUUCAGCUUGUUGGGACCUAUCAAACCUUAUAUUUUGAUAACAAUAAUAAGAGCCUCAGACAUCAGUGCACAACAAUGAGACAUCAAAGUAGGAUUAGUGGAGUAAAAUAAAUGGCAGGUAGAAAUCUGGGACUGAAAUAGAAAGCAAUGAUUAGGUCUGGAUAAAAAUUUAGGAGUUUUCUGCAAAGAUCAUAGUUGAGGUUCAGUCCAUUUCAAACUUUUGAGAUUCCAUGAUUUUUUUAAAUGAGUUUUUAUAAACACAUACAUAUGUCUCUUUCUCCAUUCUUAGAUUUCUUUGGAUAUAGGCCUAGUAGAGAAAGGGAAGAAAGGCAAUAACUCUCAAUCAGGAGACACAAGUAGGAAGAGAAUCAAGCCAAAGCCAUCUUAUCUAGCAGAUCUGAGCUCUUGGGUGACCCUGAAGGGGUGAGGAACUGGACACUAAGUGGAUAAGGGAAACUAAGUACUGGGCAGUGAUGGGGCCAGAAGAGAAUAAUGGAGCCGAAGUGGCCAUGGCAACUAAGAAGCGGAACAACCACAUUGGUUUUCUUCUAUUCUUUGCCUCUAACCGGCCUGCGGCUCCUUCGAAGAGCCACUUCCGCCCGGCUGUUUCUUCCCUUCCGGCUCUGGCCUAGCGGCCUGUCAAGAACUUCCGGUUCCGUCCAACACUGAAGCUGAACUUUCGAACACAGAAGGCCGUGGGAGAAUUGAACAGGGCGCACGAGCAACUCAGAAGAGACGCUAAAUCCGGGACCCUGGCGCCCACGACUAUCCAUUUUUCUCGCGCUUCCUGCUUGGGCCUUGCUUACGGAAAGGAGAAGACGGAAAUUCGAUGUACAACCGCGCAAUCAGCAUGCAAAUCUCAGAUCACGUCGUCUCGUGACGUGAUUAUGGAUACCAGGCAUUGCUAAGAGUGAGCUGGGCAUGGCUGCCACCCUUAGAGUCCUACCUGGCUUUUUGCGUACUUGCCCCUGCCCAGUACUUUGGGGGAGUCCAGCUUACCGGUCUGCUAGCAGCAUGGCCCUACAGGAGCAGGCCUGGCAACUGUUUGAGGGUGCAGUGAAUGCAGUAAUGCCAGGCCCCAUGUUACGCCGGGCUUUGGCACUAGACACAGAGACUGGACAGCUGAAGGUUCGGGACAGGAAUUUUCAGCUCCAUCACAAUCUUUACCUGGCAGGUUUUGGCAAAGCUGUGCUAGGCAUGGCAGCUGUGGCAGAGGAGAUGCUGAGUGAACACCUGGUUCAAGGUGUGAUCAGUGUACCCAAGGGCAUCCGAGCAGCCAUGGAACAUGCUGGCAUGCAGGAGAUGCUGCUGAAACCCCACAGCCAUAUCCAAGUGUUUGAGGGAGCAAAGGACAACUUGCCUGAUGGAGAUGCCCUGCAGGCUGCACUAGCCAUCCGAAAUUUAGCAGAGGGGCUGACUGCUGAUGACCUGCUGCUGGUCCUUAUCUCAGGGGGAGGCUCAGCACUGCUUCCUGCUCCGAUCCCACCAAUUACUCUAGAAGAGAAACAGAUUCUUACCAAGAUGCUGGCAGCUCGGGGUGCUACAAUUCAGGAACUGAAUACCAUCCGUAAGGCCUUGUCCCAGCUCAAGGGUGGGGGCCUGGCAAGAGCUGCUUACCCUGCCCAGGUGGUGAGCCUGAUCCUGUCAGAUAUUGUGGGGGACCCUGUGGAUAUGAUUGCCAGUGGCCCUACAGUGGCCAGCGACCACAAUGUUCAGGAUUGCCUGCAUAUCCUCAGCCGGUAUGGCCUCCGCGGAGUCUUACCGCGCUCUGUCAAGACAGUGCUAUCCCGGGCUGAUUCAGAUCCCCGUGGCCCUCCUGGCUGUGGCCAUGUCCUCAAUGUGGUGAUUGGCUCCAAUUCACUGGCUCUGGCUGAGGCCCAGCGUCGAGCUGAGGCCCUGGGUUACCGGACUCUGGUUCUAAGCACAGUCGUGCAAGGUGAGGUGGGACGUGUGGCUCGAUUCUAUGGGCUGCUGGCUCAGGCCGCUGGUGUUCGCCUCUCCUCUCAAGCAGCAGAGGCCAGGAAGGAGGAAGAUGAGCUUCGGAGUCUGGUGGAAGAGCUACAACUCUCAGACCUGCGGCUGGAGGAGGCCCUGGAGGCUGUGGAAGGGGCCAAGGGCCCCGUCUGCCUCCUGGCUGGAGGGGAGCCCACGGUGCGGCUGCAGGGUUCGGGCAGGGGUGGCCGAAACCAGGAGCUAGCCCUUCGGGUUGGUGUAGAGAUGAGUGGGUCUGCAGGCAGCACCUGGGAGGCUCUGUUCCUCAGUGGGGGGACUGACGGGCAGGACGGCCCCACAGAGGCGGCAGGGGCCUGGGUCACCCCAAGGCUGGCCAGUGAGGCAGCAGCUGAGGGACUGGAUGUGGCAGCUUUCUUGGCCAACAGUGAUUCCAAUACCUUCUUCCGACGCCUGCAGGGUGGUGCCCACCUCCUCUGCACUGGAUUGACUGGCACCAAUGUCAUGGAUGUUCACGUGCUGCUCCUCCAGCCCUGCUGACUGGGGCCAUUUUCUUGGGUCCUGUGAGGUAUUGGGGAAAAUCCUCAUAACUAGGGCUACACAGUGGGCCAGGGCUCCCAGGGGAAUCUGGUUCUGGGCCCUGAGCGCCUUCUGUGGAAUUCACUGGGGCACCCCAGCCUUUCAGACUGCGGUGCCUGCAGGAGAAGGCAUGGACGACUAGGGAACAGGAAGCAUUCAAAAGAGCCAUUCCUGACUUGUAGGGUCUUUAUUGCAGAUGAGGGAAGUGCACUGCCUCCAGGCACCCUCCAUUCUCCUUAUCCCAAACUGCCGCCUGUUGGCUCCCCUGGGAGCCUGGACUCUUAGGUCACAGCUGAGGCAACAGGACUUUGUAAUAAGCCGCUACUGCUCUGCUAAGGCUCUUCUUUUAACCUUGCUCCCCUGGGCUGUUCCUCCCUCAGCUCCGACUCAGGUUUGGUAGUAAAAAAAAGUGAGUCAGAGUGUUUGGGAAAGGGUGUGAAAAUAAAAAGGAUGAACUCA